CCGGCAUGAUGCUACACCUCUGAUGAAUGAGGGCUAUCACAAGAGGCGAAUGUCCUGGGUUUUUUUUUGCGAUUUUAUUGGUCAACCAAACGAUGGCAUUCCAUGUAAGUACAAUUAUUUAUUUCUUGAGGGGAGAAAUAUGCGGGGAGAGCAGAAAUAUUUCAUAAUCACUUCGCACGCAGAAAAUGUAUCAAAAAUAACAAACUGUAUUUUCAGUGGCUAAAAUGCAACAGAAAUCAGUGAGUAAAUUGGACAUUUUAUUUCACAGACAAAUCAAAAGGAUGUUACAUUUUAGUCAGGGAGAAUCAAUUUUAUCGAACCCAUCUGAUGGCCGUAGGCCCUCCAAGUCAUGUUUCAAAUAGCUGAAGUUAAGUGUUAUUCUGUCCUCAAAUUAAAAGACCAAAAAUGUCAACCUUUCACACAAGGCGAGGUACCUGAAAACAUGUAUUAUUCAUGAAUGUAAUAGUUCUCAUCCAGCUGUCAGCAUAUUGGUGUGCAGCCUUUCAUCUUAUAAAUGUUUCCAAAAUGGAUUUUAAUAAUAGAUUAACUUUGCUGCUUUUUCCAAGAUGUUCUGACGCGAUCGUAACACACACGAACCGACGCAAUGCAUCUGACAAUGUGGAGGCAGGGAAGAAAUGAUUCCUUUUGCAAUUUAAUUCAAUUAAAUGAAGUUAGACUGGCACAUAAUCUGCAUCCACUGCAUAAUCAAUACAUUUGAAUAAACCAUUCGUUGAUAUUUUGUCCUAUAUCACGGCCUUAGUUGAUUUUCAGAAACUGAGGCAAGUUGCAUAUUGUCAUGGCGGAUGCCAUGGAUGCUAAACCAAAUGCUGGUAAAAGGCUUGAAGAGUUGGAUGGAAGACUGGAAGAUGGAUGUGAAGACUUGGCGGAAGGAACCACAGUUUUGGAGACCUCUAUUCCACCCAGAAGCUUGACUUCCUGUGAAACAGAGGCCCAAGAACUGGACGUGCAGAACAGAACAGGAACAGGCCCAGGCGUCCAAGCUUUACGCCUGUCCAUCACCAGCUCCAGUUCCGUGGCACUGCCGUCUGCCACGGAUGCAAAUCAGUCGCUCACAUCAGAUGAGGAGAGUCAAGAGCAAAUGAAAACAAAGGCGUCCACCGUGAAGCCACUAGAUGAAGAUGACCUCUGUGCCGCCAUCCUGCUGGCCUGUCUCUUCUGCCACCCCCUGGACUGUCUGCUGGCCACAGUGAGCGGGUGUAACCGGUGCGUUUGGUCGCUGUGCUCCAUGCUGUUCUGCUGCGAGUCCACCGCCCUGCGGCCUCUCUCGGAUAUCGCUCGACACUGUGGCGUCUGCUGGUGCCGAGAUCUGUGCUGCUCUCACUGCGACUGCAGUAUCUGUGAUCUCUGCCUCCAGGCCACAGAGUGCCUGGACCUAGCGAUGGAAAUCUCACAGAUGCUGUACCACUAGCAAGCAUGUGAUCACACUGACACAUCUGAAAAGGAUGCUUUAUUUGUUACAAUGUGCUCUAUGGCGGAAGACACCAAACGUGCAUUUGUGAAAGGGUCGGAGUUGCUUGUUGGUUGUUGAUCAUCAAAAAAAAUGACAGUUUUCCGUCAUUUAUUGCGAGGGACUGGUUCCCAAAAUAGCCCGCAAUAAGUGAAAUCUGUCAAGUAGCCAACUAUAUUUGUUUCCAAUGAUUCUGUAUGUUUUAAGGCUGUAAAAGCCUGCCCCCGUACACUUGAUACACUUUUCUCAGACCGGCGUUAACAUUUUCUCACAAUUCUGUCUUGUUUAAACACUCAAAGUUCAAAUUUCCUUAGAAUUUUAAUGAUCAACCUACUAGGGUGGACACAAGAAAUGAUCACGUGACUCACGUGUAUUUCACUCCUCUGACUCGGCCUCUCUGCUGAAGCGUUUUUGUAUCCUUGUUGAAACAUUGUUGCUGUAUCCUCGUCGUCCUCCUCCAACCCGAGAUUCAUUUACAGUAUUCCGUAACAGCGUCGUACACCCGCGUAACAUCUACCUGCCUUCAGCAUGUCACAAGUCCAACUUUUCGUGCGACGGCGAGCAUCAUCCUCUGCCUUUUGGGUGCACGACGUUUAGUGGACAUUGUGGGUUUUGUCGGUGAGAAAACGUGCAAACAUACAGAGUUUGGAGUCUCUGCAAGCUGUUUGCUAGCCAUCACACAACAGGAAACAUUGCAGUUCAAGCACAGAGGAGACUGACUGACCGUGGUCCGCAGCCAAUAAGGACGCACAAGACAGUGGGCGGGUUCUCGCUUAGCCAAUAAUACACGAAAGACAUUGGAAAUUCCAGCAUAUGCGUUUUGAAAAUAUGUUAUCUGAAAUACAGUACGUCAGUGUUUUAAAAACCAACCACAAAAAUCAACGCAUUCAUCCCCAAAAGUUGCACGACACGUUUAACGAAUGAAAAGCCGUCUUGUAGAAAAUAGUGGUCUGCAUUCCGAGAUCAUCCGACACGCCUCCACUAAAAAACACAAACUGGUCAAAUCAGCCAGUGAUCACCCAGGUAAAUGGAGACAAAACAGAUAUUAGUCACACCGAACGACAAACUACUCAAAGUAAACAAACGACUCAGGUAUCAAAAACAUGAUCAACUACGGCGGCUGUCAUAAAACGAUCAACUGCAUUUGUCACAGCGAAGCUGAAUACUGUACUGCUGACAAAUACAACAGUGACAAGUCAUUUGUGGCUACACUGCUUUGGCUAACUAGCGGCGGCAGCUCAUUGGGUAUUCUAGUCAUACCUGCGCCGUGGGGGUUUGCACUCCCACAGCGUGUCGUUGUAGGAAAACAAACAGGAUCUUAUAUUUGACUAAAUGCAUAGACCGCAAUAACAUAAGGUGCAGUGCCAUUGCUCGGAAUAAAAUAUUCUUAUUUACAACGAGGGAAAAUGUUUCACAAUGUGCCAAUUCACUUUAAGAUCAUCCCUUUUGCACCCGCCCCCACACAACAAGCAUGCGAACCCUGAUUCCUGUCAAAAAAGAACAGCUACUGUGUGUCUCUGCAUGGAUAACGUCUGCUUUCGCCAACAUUGUCAUGUGAUUCAAACUAAAUAAACAUUCCCUAUAAAUGACCACAUCUUAAAUUCAAGCUAAAUUGAUAUUACUCUUACUCUUUCAAAAAUAUCUGAGAAUGUUUCAUAGAAAAGUAAGCAUCCCUGGGGUACGUAUGAUAUUCUAUUUUUCACCAUUGCAUUUACAAACACACACGGAAUCAUUCAACCUGCUCCAGAAGUCAACAAAAACAUUUACGUUAGUUUCAAUCGGACUUUUCUUUUUCUUUAAACAUUCUAGACCAGACCUGGGCAAAGUACAGCCCCCGGGGGCCACAUCCCACACUACCUGUGCCUGACCGGCCCAUGUAAAGUUAAUCAAAAAUUUGAAAAAAAAAAAAAAUCCAAAAUGUAGGGCUGGGCGAUAUAUCGAUAUUUUUAAAUCAAUACAGUGUUCCCUCGUUUAUUGCGGGGGAUAGAUUCCCAAAAUAGCCCGAAAUAAGCGAAAUCCGCGAAGUAUCCAACUUUGUUUCCAAAGAUUGUGUAUGUUUUAAGGCUGUCAAAGCCCUCCCCAAACACGUCAUACACUUUUCUCAGACAGGCAUGAACAUUUUCUCACAUUUCUCUCUUGUUUCAACACUCUCAAAAAACGUUCAAACCUUCCUUUGAAAUGUUUGAUCAACCUGCAGGUCGGAAAGAAGAAAUGAUUAAGUGACUCGCAUGUAUUUCACUCCUGUGACCGUGCCUUGUCGUCCUGGCGCCGUUCGUCUGUACUGUAGCGUUUUUGUAUCCUUGUUAAAACAUAUUGCUGCAGUCAUCCUCCUUGGAACUGAAGAUUCAUUUACAAGCUAACAAGCUAGCAAGCAAGCAAGUUAGCGGAUGACACAGGAGACACGGCAGGAGAUUGAUUGACAACGCUCUACAGCCAAUCAGGAUGCAGAAAGCAAUGCAGUCAGACGAGAGGGGGAAGAGAGAGACACUCAACUUCCCACAAUACAAUUCUUCUUAAAGGACCAGGUUCGGCCUGUAACAGCGUUCAUAUGCUGUAAAUCUGCAAAAGGUGAACCGCGAUAGAGCGAGUGAACGCUAUUUCUUUUAAGCACAAUAUGAAAAGCAAACAUGGCUGAUGUCUCACUGAUCACUGCUGUGUCAUGUGGCCCCUUGGUAAACUACCUGCCCACCCCUGGUCUAGACUCACCUGACAUGACGACAGACUGCAAGCUGACAUUCAAUCUCUGCAAACACUCAGAAUUCAUCAUAAGUCCUCAUCCAUAUCCAAGCUGCUCCUGGGACUGCUGCUUUUAGAGGCACCCGGUGACAAAGGAGAGAACAGGGGCUCAACCACCGCCUCUGGAGAGAGGGCGCACCCGUCGUCCAUAAGGAUGUCUCCCAAGCCCACAUCAGGGUAGAGCGCUGAAGCGGAGGAGUCUUCCAGCUCAGCAAAACUCAAGCUGCCCAGGUCCAACGGGCUGCUGAUGGUGACCCCAGCAGGGGACUCUGAUGAAGGUGGCGACAGGAAGGCAGUGGGCAGAGGGUGUCCGACGGCUGCCGCACCCAGACUGAGGAGGUUAUGCCCGGACGUUGCUUCUGCAGUGUGGGGUAAGCACCGGCCGUUGUGUGGGGCUUGCGGCUGCUGGAGGAGGGCGGGACUGGAGGUUAGACCAGAGGAGAUGCUGCUGGUAGAAGAGAGGCCAUGGACGCGUGCCUGGACUUCCAGUUCCUGAGGAGAACACCAACACACAGUAGUGAGAAACAGUCUUUGCCCUCUUCCUGAUUUCUUUUUUUCUGUUUGCAUGUUUGUCACACUUCAAUGCUUCAGAUCAUCAAACAAAUGUUUUGUAUUAGUCAAUGACAACCCAACUCAACACUUUAUGCA